UGAAGGAAAGUGUCAGAGAUAGCAUUCAGGUUGCUUUCCACACUGUUGCGGCCGCCGCACUUCAGGCCGAAAGGGAGAGAAUGCAUCUUUAAUAAAGAUACUGUCAAGGGUGAAGACGCAUAUUCUUGGAAACAAGUACAAAAACUGUAUUAGAGUUGUAAUAUUAGAACAUUAUGUAAAUGUUAAUAUCAUUUGUGUAAUUGCGGUUGAAAUUAUACCCUUCCGGAGAAGAAUAUUAAAUGAUCUACGCUAUUUUGGAGAAUAAGGGAAGAAGUUGGUUGUUAUUAUAAAAAUUACUCGCAGAUUAUGUGGAGAACGUGGAUACUGCUGGGCACUGCUCUCAGCGUUGAGAGCUACUUGGUGCACGAUGUACAUGAGCGUCUGUCACAUGGGCGGCAGCUGAAGAUCUACCUCCCAAAGAGCUCUUGGAAGCUGGAGUUCAAGCCUGCUGAAGAGCCCACAAAGACCUUCCUGUACUGGAACCAAGGUGCCCUGACAACAAGAGGACGGGUUUCUGGGACAGGAACUGACAGGCGCUGGUAUCUGGACAAGGUUACAUAUGAAGACCAGGGGACUUACGUCCAGAGAGACCACUGGAACAAGGAGCUCUCCUCUCUCAAGGUGGCCGUGACCACCAGGCAUGACUACUUGAAGUGCAUAGCAGGCGAGGACCUCUAUAUCUCAUUGGAAGGCAUCGACCUAGCCGACGCCCAGCUUUACUUCUCAGGCGCUGACGCCAACAUCACUCUUGUGCGUGAUGGAGCAGUGGUCACCCAGAAUCACCCAGAAUACUGGGACCGGGUCAAGACCUACUCCACUAAAAUCACCAUUGAAAACGUCAACACGACAGACGUGGGCUACUAUACACUGAGGGACAGGAGAGACCGGAUGGUCUCUAUCAUUAGGAUGGAACUCACAGACCGCCAUGAGGAUGAACACGCCAAUCACUCCUAUAUCACGUACCUGACCCUCAUCCUCGUGGGGAUCCCCACCGCUAUCUGCUGCUGUUGCCGGGAGAAGAUCUUCAAGAAGAAAGCCCCCCACACCGCUGCCAUCCUCCAGGGGACCCCAGAGAUGCAGCAUCCUCCUCCCGACUACAACGUGCCUGGAGGAGGCGUGUCCCCUGGACCUGGUGGUCCGGUGUUUUAUCAUGGCCCAGGUCCAGACCAUAACAUGGGAGGUUACCCCCAGGUCCACCCGUAUCCCGAUCCAGGGAUGGCUGGCCAGCCUCAGUGGACCGGACCACAUUUUCAACCAGGUUUCAACCAAGGCUAUCCUCCACAGGACCCCAUGUUCCCCCAAGCCCAACCCCCUCAGUGGAAUGGUCCACCACCCACCCAGCCUCAGUACAACCCUGGUGUUCCUCCCAUGUGGAGCGGGCCACCCAACCAGUGUCAGUAUCCGGUGGCUCCAAUGGGGUAUGCUCCGGUGAUGUACAGUGCCCCCCCUCCCAGUGAGCCGGUAAAGGAGGAGAUAAAGAUGGACAAAAUGUCUCCUGCUGAUCCUCUCCUGGCCCACUCACUACAGCCCCCCCAGGCAUCAUCACCCUCUGUUCCCAUGCCCACCUCUGACAUUCUGCACUCCUCGGAUACAGCCUACCAGUUCAACAUUGACACAGGAAAGAACGCAACCACCACUAACACCGCCAACUUCCUGUAGAACACCACCCAAUCAGGAGCGACCUUAUCAAAGUUAUGAAAGCUUGGUCCCGAUACAGUUUGUUGGCAUCUCCAUUCCUCGUCUCCUGAUAUUAAUUUGAGGUACACUGGGGCUGUUUGCCGUUCUAAUUAGAAAAGAGUCAGCCAAUGGUGGUUAAGGCAUUUACCAGCAAAAAUAAUAUUAUUCUCAGAUGCCAUAAAUUUAUUUUAAUGUUUAAUGACUAUGUCACAAGCUGUGUUUUUAAUUAACACCUACCCCUUAAAUAUACUAACAAUUAAAGUACAAACCAUACAUUCUUUUAAAUAGUGAAUGAAUGCAGAAAACGAGAGUAGGCACAUUUCUUGUGUUGGGCUAGCGUUGAAAAUGGGUUGUUUUAAAUGUGUCUUCCAAUGUGACUUCUUUAUUUUUUACAGUAAAUAUCUAUGAAAAACUCCAAACAUCCAACCAUCAUCCAAAUAAAACAAUAGUUAUCCAGCCAGGUCAUCUAAACUUAUGUAUCUAACUGCUGUUUACUGAAAGGAAAUGAGUUACAUCACACUAUGGGUUUGUCCUCAAACCAAAUCUAUCCACCAAUACAGUCAUGCUUUGAACAAGCCCAAUAGAAAACCUGCCACAGUCCACCCUUUGAACAAUGUCCAAUACAUUGCCACCCCUCAAAUAGAUUGGGUGCAUACCUUGCUAAGUAGCACUCGCUCUUUGCUGUUAUAUGCCAUGGAGAAUCCAGUGCAGGGGGUACUGCAUAGAAUGGAACCAGAUUUGCAACGCCCACACGUUGAAGUGAAUUUAGAGCCUUAAGCCACAACGGUCAACGAUAGGUCCGCAGUGCAUAGGUUCCGGUUCAGUUCAGACGACAAUGUACAUUUUCCAGCGGUGCCUAAAGAGCUACGUCGGCCCUGCCAACCAUCUUCCAUAUCUGGGAGAAUACUCAACUUCCACGACAGAGGCACGCACUGAGUAUUAUAGAUCAGCAUCCAGCCUGAGACAGCCUGAGAUGUGUCGACUUUGGCAACUGCGGAACCACGCUUAACCAUGUGGAGCAGGCCGAGAUGCAUCUGUCGUGGUCACUUUGACAUGGUUCUGCCGAUGGGAGGUGCCUGCGGUAAUGCUCCCGAUUAUUGUGAAGAACCCCAGGUCAUCUUCCAAACACAGACCCUGCCUGCUCAGAGCAAUGAAGAGCAAAGGAUACAAGGAAGUAAUAUUUUCAGUAAAAAAUAUGCAGUUUAAGCCCAAACCCAUAGUGUGUCAUUAGGAAAUCACAUCAUAACCAGUCAUCAUUCAAUCAGCUGUUGCUAGGAAAUCAUCCUUUCAGGAUAGCUAAAAAAAAGCUUUCUGCCUGUCCAAUGGUUUCGUCCAGUUGUAAACAUGAACAUUACAAAUUAAUUUAUGUUUAGACGUGUAGUUGUUUGCAUGGUGGUCCUUUUUAGUACUAUAUAUGUACGUUCUCUCAUUUCAACAGGGUAAGCAGAGUAAAAGAACUGUUUGGUAGCAAUAAGAAAUAUUUGUGAAAUGGGUACUGUUUUAUCAGGAUGGUACAUAUCAGAAACCUCCCAAACACGGGGCAGGAGAGGAGAGGACAGCUCAUGAUAAUGGCCGGAAUAGAGUGAAUGGAAGGCUAUCAAACAGAAGGAAAUUGUGUUUGAUCCUGCUCCAUUUAGUUACUCACUGUUAUUUUUUAGAGAUUGUUGUCCAAAAUAAAAGUCCCGGCCUGUGUGGAGCCCCAUGGGGACCCUAUUCCCUACAUCACUCAGCUCCGGACCUGGAGGGCCAAAACUCCUGUUGUUAUUUGUGCAUGGUCCAGAUCCCUGGGUAAGUGGAGAUUUCACACAAGGAGCAAUGGAAAAGUAUAUAACUGAUAAGGAGCACCCACAAAAAACGGUAGUGUUUGGGCCCUCCAGGACCAAUGGUGAAUAGCCCUGCCCUGCACACUGAUGCCCUUCUGACGAGACUAGCUCACAGUGUGUGGAACAUGGCUGCCAGCUGGGACUCAGUCUUUAUCUGGGUUGAAUUUAAGGUUCAUUUGGCUAAUUUGAUAUCAUGUAAUUUAUUAUAUUUAUUUUGUCAUUUAAAAAUGAAGGACUCCUUGAUGUUGAACAGACAGUGCCUUCAUCAUCUUUAAAGUUCCCCCUAGGUGCUGAACGUGGGUCAGUAUAGCAUUUUCCCCACUAAAGGUUAGUAUUAGGAAAGGGAGAAGUGAGUCCUGGGUCUGUUUCUUAGCGGACACCUCACUCAGGAGCCUCUAGUAAGGAGGUGGGGAAGUGGGGGGGGGGUCAUUUUCCAGUCCAGUCACCUGACAAGGAAAAACUAAUCUUCCCAAUGAAUUAUACAUUAUAUUCAGGGUCAGGAGCAUCUCCUGGACCAGGAAAAUCUCCUGGUCCUAGUUUAUCGAUUUAUUGAGGUUACCGUUCUUACGUUACAGAAUAUCUAAUUAUAUUUCAACUGUUAAAAUGUGACACGUCCAAGGAACCAAAGUUGGCAUUCUACCUCUCAUUCCUUCAUCAACACAUACUGUACAGGCUCUGUUCCAGUACUCGCCCUGGCAUACCAUCUAGAAUUAAGCGUGGGCUGUCUGUGAAGAAGCACUACUGCAGUUGACCAGGCCCCAUAACACACUAUAGAGAGUAGGGGCAACGCUUUAUUAUGCUGGUGUGGAUGAUGAAACAGAGCACGUAUAUGUGUAGAGGAAUUAUAUGUGUGUAUUGGGCAUUCAUUCAUUGCUGCGUCAUGGCUAUUGAUACUACUACUUGUUGUUGUUACUACUUGUUACUACUACCCAGGUUUACUAAGGUUAGUCAACAACCACUGUAACUGUUUUGUCUGUUACCGAUACCCCUAUGAACUGUAACCCAACCUGCUACUCCUUGGACGUAUUCAUUAGUGGAGAUCAUAGCAGAACAUUUGGCUACAGAAACUGUUGAAAAACAGUAGAAUUGUUUGUUGAAACAAUUUGCUAUGGUGUGUAGUAAUGAAUACAACUGAAGCUAUGAUACCUUUUUUUUUAAUUACCUAAUACUUUAUUAAUACUGUGUGAGCUUUUUCGGCAACUGAUUUUCUCAUUUUGAAAUAGACUCAUGAGAAUUGAUUGCUGUAGGCAGUAUGACAGAUGAAAUUAGAUUUUCCAUGAAAUACUAGGUUCCACUUUCUUUUGAGAGUCCCAUUUUCCAUCUGUAGAUGUUCAAUUGAUAAUAAUAAUACUAUCAACAAACUCUGUUGAUAAGCAAGUGCUCACUAGGCUUAGGUUUAGGGUAAGAUUUGGGUAAGGGUUAAGAUAAGGUUAGUCUUUGUAGAUGAUUAGUUAAAAUCUUACUGGGAGUCAGUAGAAAAUCUGCAGUCCCUCUACAGAAAGUCUUGAAACUCUCCAAAUAAAGUGUUACCCCAUAUUAUUAUAGAGUGCCAUGUCCCUUUUCUGAUUUUGUCUAUUUUUGCAUAUUUUUGUCACUUGUUUUCUUUAACAAAAAAAUCCAAUAAAGGAAACCUGAAUGAACACAA